CUCCCUUCCUUCCCCCCACUAUUGUCUACUCCUUCUUCUCCUCUGGUCGAUGACCCGACGACGCCUCUUUUGGCUCAGGCGUGCGGCUCAGGCGGGCGGCUCAGCCGCCGCGAAUCUGCUACCUCAUCUUCUCAUUAAUUACUGCACUGGACAACGUCCUCCUGUCGGAUGGCGCUGCUCGGGCUUUGUGCGCUGGCGCUUCCUUUCGCCGUCGGCAGCGUGACCGUGUCGGCACCGGGCCGACGCCACGGCGCGCCGCCGUCCAGCGUCACCGUGGGCUCCUUGGUGCAGCGCCUGCAGCGCGGCGCCCUCGGCGGGAACGCCAGCAGGCACCUCGAGGCCAUCACGGGCCUCGGCGAGCAGCUCACGCUGGACAGCUGGCUGUCCACCGGGCCCGAAGCUCUGCAGGCGUUGAAGACGAAGUUCUUCAGCAAGGAGGAGGUCAAGGUGAAGCUCCACGCCGCGUGCCCCUGGGACGCGGACUGCCCGUUCAGCCAAGGCGCGACACUCUUCUGCGGGGCCCUGCGGAGCGCGGCGUCGGACGGGAAGCUCGGGGACAUGGCGCUGCUGGAGAGCAUGGUGGACGCGACGCUGAUGUCCACGCGCUUCUACGGCGUCGACACAGUCACCCAGGGCGCGCUGAUCAUGAAAUUUGACAGGGAGGAGCAGUGGGCCUCGCGCAUCCUGCCGGCCGCCAGCUCUGCGUCCUCGGCCGCGUUCGAGGGUCUGCGGCAGCGCGCCGUCAAGAAGCCAGACUUCCAGGAGCUGGUGAGCGGCAUUUGUGACGAGAUGCAGGCCGUGCGCCCGCAGUGCCCGAGCAGGGCGUCGGAGGGCCUGCUCUGCCAGGCGCUCGGGCAGGCGGCGGCGGUGUCCGUCGGCGCGCAGGGGGCCUGCAGCCGCCUGGUGGAGGUCGUGCUGGCGGCGUGAGCUCGGAGGGCACGGGGCGUUUUCGAGCCAUUUGAGCCCGUGGCCCGCUGGCCCCUCUGCCUGGACGGCCUCGCGCAGGCAGUUCAUUUUUCUUUUCCUCCUCGCCCAAUUCCUCGGUGGCAGCGGCGGAUGCGGCGGCUGCGACGCCGCCGCGGAGCAGGAGGAGCGGGCUGGAGGUGAAAGAGGAGGGGGACGAUUGGGAGGGGUGCGCACUCGGCGUCUGGCCGUAAGCUGCCCCUCCCCCCCACACGGCCAACGUCCAAGCGGCCGAAGAGCUGAUAUUUGCUCCAGGGACAACCUUCUUCCUCCUCCACUCCUUUUCCU